GCGGCCAAUGGGCGUGCUCGGCGGGAUGCGGCGGAACGUGGAGGUGAAGGCGCGGCUGAGGGCGCGGGAGGAAGCGCUGAGGGCGGCCCUCAGGCUGCGGGGGCCGGGCCCGGAGUGCCCGGUGUGCCCCGGGGCCGGGCCGGGCACAGGUGAGGGGCAGGAGCCGCCCCAGGUGUGCCCCGGGGCCGGGCAGCUGCUGCUCCAGACCGACACGUUCUUCCGGGUGCCGCGGGGGCGGCUCAAGCUGCGCCGGACACAGGAUGGCAGUGGGGAGCUGAUUUUCUACGAGCGCCCCGACAGCGCCGGCCCCAAACUGUCCAGGUUCAGCAUCACCCCCACGGCCGACCCCGAGGGGCUGCAGGCGGUGCUGUCCCAGUCCCUGGGCGUGCUGGGCACGGUGAGGAAGGAGCGGCUCCUGCUCCUGCUGGGCCAGACCCGGCUGCACCUGGACCGGGUGCAGGGCCUGGGCGACUUCCUGGAGCUGGAGGUGGUGCUGGGGCCGGAGCAGAGCGAGGAGGACGGGCGGCGCCGGGCGCGGGAGCUGCUGCGGGAGCUGGGGGUCGGGGAGCACGACCUCAUCUCUGGGGCCUACCUGGACCUGCUGCUGGCACAGGGGGACAGCGGGGACACCCCCCCGUGCCACCCCCCGGCUGGGCAGGGACAGCAGGGCUGAGGGCACGGGGACCUGGUGGCUGUGCCCACCCC